CUUCACAAAUGGUACAGGAACCUGCAUCAAGACAAGAAGCACAUGCAAAACUGAAAGAACAGUUGAGCCAUGCUUCAGCUCAGUCUCCAGUGGUGUUUCUUCAGGAAGGACUGCCAUUCAGUCCACGGCAGAUCUCCAUCUACUGGUGGACGUAGCUUGCAAACAGGAGCACUUUCCAAAAGAAGAAUUAAGAGAGUGAGAAGUGGGUGACAGGCAUGUGAAAAUGUGCAGUAAUUGCCAACUGGGUUCUCCAUAUCAGACCCCAGAGGCACACAAUAUGCACUUUGGAACAUUUCAACUGUUUGAAAAAACUCUUUCCUUUUGCUUUUGUUGUGAGUUUUAUGGGGAACUAGUCACUCCAUUGUUUACUGAAUCUCUUUUGUUACAUUUUCUACUUAGACAUGUUGUAAAACAUCUAGCGGCCUGAGUGUUUAAUAGUCAGUAAUUGUUUAUCAGCCCAAAAUUCCCUAGAAACCAAAAGACUGAGACUCUCUGUAAAUAGGAGAGUUUAAAAGCUUCUGCUAUUGGCUUUCUUUAUGGGGGAGCAAACUUUUCUUGUGUUGUAUUUGGAAACUUUCUAACUCACUUUGUUGGGGAGUGUAGUCGUCAUAGCCUCAGUUUUGUAUUAACAGUGCAUCUCCUUGGAGUUACACUGGCCCUUUAAAGAGAAUUGUGUCAGAACAAAAGCAUUGGGAGAUCACAAUAUUCCAGGUCUGAGUGGGUCAUGGAUUCCAGGAGAGCAUCUCUGGGAAAGAUGAGCUAAUUUUCUAAGUGAUUAACCAGGAAAUGCUCUUCCUUCCAAGCACACUGCUGUAGACUUUCAGCAGCAGAUGUGUCCCACCAAUGAGCACCUGCUACACACAGCAGCCGCUGGAUCUUUUACAUAAGUGGAACAUUAUUCUGUUUUAAUAAUUUCAUUUGAUUCUAGUGAUAUAAAGGUAAGUCAUCUGUUUGUUUAUUGUAUUGCUUAUUUUAAGUAGGUCUUCACAAGAUACUUUUAACAUGUUUAAUAUAAUUAUAUUUAUAUUGACAGUAGAGUUAAGGUUUUAAACAGCUAUGUAUUUAUUAAUGUUGAAAUAUUGACAGAAGGAUAAAGGAUGUAUGUGCAAUAUUUGUUGUUAGGACAGUACAUGUGAAUGAGGCAGCACUAAAAAAAACGUAACUAAUUAUUUUCUGCCUUUUCAUGUAUCUCUACAGUUAGUGAGACUCAGUCCUAUAUAAUUGUGAAAAUGCACAAGGAAGAAGCAGAGAAAAUAAGCCUCUUAUUUGUCAGAACCCAAGUUGUGCCAUCUAAAUCUUUCUAUAGCUUAAUGUUAUGUUCAGUACCUCACAGCAAACUGUUUGAUAGGAUGAACCAAUAUCAGAUCUUUUAAACCCCUACCAAGGCUACAAACUAGAAUGUUGGAAGCUGGGGGAUGCUCUUGGGUCUUGGCACACUAAACAGAAACACUAUUACACUGAUCUGCCUCAGAACUGCCAUUUUACAUCUUUCAUCAUAUGCAUAUUGUAAAUUUUCAGAGGCUUUGACUGUUUUAGGGAGUUACAUCUUCUCAGACCCUUCAAUCAAAUUAAAACGUGGAAACCUAAUAGCAAAAAAUAAAGUGCAUUCAAAUAGUUAAAGGGAAAAGGAGUUUGGCAGUACAGCAGGAGCACUGAAAUCGGAGUUUGGUUGAUUGCAUCCCCCAGACUGGCAGGGCUUAGGACUAAUGCAGAGAAUGCUGUUGGAAUAGGGGAGAGUCUCAUUACCCUAGAAACUUCUUCCAUUAAGGGAAUGGUGACAGGCUUUGAAGGGAGUCCUUUCUAGUUCAGCUGCCCUGACUGAGAAAUGAGUAUGAAGUUAUAAGGAUCUCGGGAAUUCUGCAUUGCCAGACUGUUACAUAUUCAAUAAUGAAGCUUCCUGCCUUAUCUUUCUCAGUUCAGUCUACACCAAAAGAUAUUAUGUUCUUUCGGAGACACGAGUCAAGGAACCAUGGCAUGGUUUAAAAUUCUCUUGUUUUAAUGAUUAAUUACGAAAUCCUAGUAUUUGUCUUUUUGAAUUAAAAAAGGCCAUGGAGCUGGAUCUCCUGCCAUAUUUACAUGCAUAGUACUAUCAGCUGUAGCUCUCCUUAUCCUUACUUAAAUCUCAGAGAAAGGACACUCACUGCUUAAAGAAAUCAGUAGAGUAGUGCACAAAACUCAGCAGACUGGACAUCUCAGUAUUUUGUCACUUUUAGCAUAGAUGUAUUUCAGUUGGUAAAUAAAGUGUGACUGCUCCAACUGGGCACGUAAUUUUACCAUUUUCUUGUUAAUGGGAACAGUGUGGGAUUGGUUACACUGAGAUGUAAAAUUACAGCAGCACAUACAAUAAUCUGCAACUAAAAUUGUUAAAGGGAAAUAGCAUUUAUAUUCUCAAUAUGUGUGUUAAACUUUAAAAUGCAGAUAUUUUAAAAUAAAUAUUUCAACUAAUAGUUCCUGAAAGCAACUUUAUAACUUACAAAAUCAUUGUCAUACUCAUAGGCUUCUUAAAAGUGUAAUCUACCAGAUUUCCCCCAUAUGUAAUUCCAUUGACUUCUGUGGAGUUCACCAGAGAUGAAUUUGGCUCCAUUUGUACUCAAACCUCAUUAAUCUGUCAUGUUUUUGAGUGCAAUUCCUUUCUCAUAAGCAUCAUGUUUUAUAGAGGUUCUCUCCUAACCAGCUUAAUGCAAGGCUGAAUGGAUAACAUAUUUUCUGUAUGGUAUAUACUAGGGUUUUUUGUAUAUCUUUCUGAGAAUCCUCCAGCAUAAAUCCAUCACAUGCCAAGUUUCAAACUUCUACUUGCAACCUUACUUUGAGGUUAUAGGUCUGACCUAUAGUAUUAUUCACCUCCCAGUGAUGUUAGAGGAGAAUAACAGUUGAAUUCCAGACCUCUGACAUCAGCCUGACCUGAAACCUUCUUGCAGUAGCAACUAGAAAAGGGCUACUGAAUCUAAAUUAGCAAGAGCUGAAGAAAGGCUGUGCGUGAAAUGGACAGAGUCCUUCCCAGGGCCGAAGACAUAAGGCUGCAAUAAAUCAGUACAUUCUACAGAGGGGAGUUGCUUUAGAUACUGGCUUGAUGCCAUUCAGAGUGUCACAGGAAGGCAGAGAAAGAGCCUGCCAUCACACUGAUAAAUUCCUGUUUUGUUUAUUGAUCUGAAUUUGCAUUUUAAUGUUUUACUUUUAUCUUAGCUAUGUUGGUCACAGAGUUUGUUUUAAUAUCAGUUUGAAGAACCAGUCAAUGACCCUGAUAUACAUGUGGUGGUUUAAGCAGUUAGUAAGGACUUUGUUGAAUGCAGUUUAGCUGUGGAUCAGGAGAGGGAGUCCAGGAGCUCUGCGAACAAGACUAAAGGGGGUGGGGAUGUUGCCUAUGGCGGCUCCACCCUCACUUUGUGUCAGCAGGUAGAGAGAAAGCUUGCAGUCCCAGAGGGAGGGAGGCAGAGAGCUGGGGAACAUAAACUGCAAACCACAAGCUUCCUUCUCCAGGGAGUUGAUCCAGAAGUGCUUUUCUGAAAAGAAAGCUCUUCCACAACCUCUACAUAACUUUCCAAGUCCACCUCAAGCUUCAGAACCCUUGCUUCUGGUAUUCGUUGCCUACUUUACUCUGAUAGCAGCCUGCCCAGGUCUGCUGCUGGAUUACUGCUGAUAUUUCCAGACUUUGUUUUCUUUCUCGCUCCCCACAUUUAGACUCGAUCAUUGUAUGUGCUAUAAGGAGAGGAGAGACUCUUCUAUUUGAAUGGAGUAUUCAGAAAUGCUUUUGGAUUCAUUCUAAGCUCUUUCGACUGCAUUUGCACGCUUAACUUUCAGCCAUGCCUGGCCCAGGAGCUUUCAGCCGGGAGUAAAUUUCUCCCUUUGAUCUUGUUGGAUUGUCUUUCAGUCUGUGGAAUUCCAUUCGUAUCUACCUGCCUUUUGUGUGUGUGUGAGAGAGUGCAUGUGUGUGUUUGAGAGAGAGAGAGAGAGAGAGAGAACUUUUUUUUUUCAAAGCAACAGGUUGGUAAGAUAUAAAACAAGUUUUUUUUUAUUAAGCUGUUAGAAGUUGUUUUUUCCAGAAUUUAUAGAAACAUUUCCAUCUAUUGCAGAUCCUGCAGAUUCCUGCAGACAGAUUACUCAACGGGUUUGCAGAUCUUUCUUUAAAAAUCCAUUUUUCCCUUCUCAGGAGAGUCAUUUUAGUUGCUAAAUUUCUCUACUUUCUGUACAAUUAUGAAGACUCUUCAAUAUUUCUUAUAUGAUAUUUCGGUAGCACAUAGCGAUUUUUUAAUUUUCAUGUUGUGGUGCUUUUGUUUACGAUUGUAUUAAAUAUGUUCUUCAAAGCAAUUAUAGCAAUUCCUGAGCGUGCACAGGAAUAGCAUACAAAAACCCAAGGACAUGUUUGUAACUUUUUGCUCUAAGUCCGUGCUUAAACUUUCAACAUGUUCUGGGGGCCUUUUUGCCUGCUAGGAAUUUGAAAAUAGGUUGAGAAGACUUGUUCAUCUAAUGAAUUUUGUGAACUGAAGAUCAGAAGAAACAUGCUUUAAAAUAGACGCUAAACACAGUUUACUAGUAAUUUCCUAUCCUUGUGCCGAGACAGGAGAAUAAAUCUUGAUUCUGCACCCAAGUGAGCGAGACAUUUCUAGCAAAAUAGGAAUUAAAUUUGGAGGAGGACAACUCAAAAGCAAACAUUUGAUAUUUGUGCUGAACUUAUACUGCUAAAAUAAUCGAAGGGGAAUAUCUGCUCUCCUCCAACGUUAUUCUUUAUUAUGUGGAGUUGAUGGAGGACAUUAAUAUUUGUAAUUAACAUUAACUUGGAAGAGCUCAUGCUUUUGGGAAUGAGAUAUGUGGAGAAGAUAACUAGCUGGAGAGAAGGUCAAGUGCAUCUAAGAUUGGUGGGUUCGAUCUGUUGAUCAUCCUGAAAUGUAAUCCUUAAAGGUUGAGAACUGUGGAGACACAUCUUGCAUGGCAAAGACUCACCCUGUGAUUAGCACAGGCAGGACUAAAGUGCUGCAUAAUCUUGUAAUGUGUCCUGGCUGGAGUUUUUUUUAAUGCCCAUGUUUUCAGACUCUGUUGAUCUUUUUGGAUUUAUCCAUUGGAGGAAAAGGAAAAACACCUGAUUUCGAUUGUUGGUGUUUUGGUUUUAAUUUUAUUAAGGCCUCUGGGCACUUGAUUCCAAGAAAGAGAAAUUCUUCUGGUGAGAAACAGAAGAAGAACCCAAAAUAAGGAGUGCAAGGAGGAAGGGCUGUAGGUUACUUGAGCACCUCUCCCUUCCCAUCUCCUUGCUGACUGGAAACACACAAGAGCUUUAAACUUAACCAUCUCUAUCUGCUGUUGAAACCUGCUGCUAGGGUGAGGACGCAUUCCUGAGCGAUAUGUGUGGCCGAAGUCACUGCUGCAGCUGGUAGCAUGAGUGCUAGCCCCCAGCUGCAGCUGGCUGUCCUCUGGCCUUGGCUGCUAAUGGCUACACUGCAGGUCGGACUUGGCCAUGGGCUGGCACUGGCAGCGGCAGUGGAGUCAGAGAGAUCAGCAGCACAAAAGGCUAUCAUUAGGGUGAUCCCCUUAAAAGUGGAGCCAAUCACAUUGGAAGGAGUUUUUGCUAAUGUUGCUGAGGUUACUCCAGCAGAAGGAAAACUACUACAGUUCCACCCGCUGUCUCUGUGCAACACCAGUGAGGACGAGCACACCGGCUCCGGAUUCGUCACCAUUGUCAAACUCGAGCGGCCGGAUCGAGAUCUCCACCCCUGCCUGUCACUGGCCAACAAGGCAAAGCUGGCAGGGGAGCGGGGGGCUCGUGCCAUCCUCUUCGACAUCACAGACGAUGAAAGUGCUGCUGACCAGCUGAGGAAACCCAGGGGCCUGAGUCAGCCUGUGGUUCUGAUCUGGGGCCACGAUGCAGAACUUCUCAUGGGCGUUGUGAACAAGAAUCGAGAGGCACAUGUGAAGAUUGAGGUUAAAGAGCAGCCAGCGUGGCCAGACUAUGACGUGUGGAUUCUUCUCACAGUUCUGAGCACUGUCAUCAUGAUCAUUCUGAUUUUUGUCGUUCGCACCAAGUGUCACUGGAACAGGACACAGGACUCCUUGCAGCAGCAGACCCUGCAGGCAAUCAGCCAACUGGCCACCCGGAAAUACCAGUGGCAGUGCCGACAGGCCGCCUUCAGGGAUUCAGCCAGCAGCUGCAGCUCAGCUCCCAUCUGCGCUAUCUGUCUGGAGGAGUUCAGCGAGGGCCAGGAGCUGCGGAUUAUUUCCUGUUCCCAUGAGUUCCACAGAGAGUGUGUCGACCCCUGGCUGCAGCAGCACCACACCUGCCCGCUCUGCAUGUUCAACAUCAUCGAGGGGUCUGCCUUUGCCCAGCCUGUGCAUUCCAGGCAGAAUCCCCCGGGUCUGGCACCUGGGCAGCGGCUUCACCUCUUCCGGCAACACCCAGGACAUGCCCUGUAUCACCUCCCAGAGGCCCAUUCCCAGAGGCAGCUCAGAAACUUUGCUCCCCCGCUUCCCCAGGGCAAUCCCUUCUUUCAUUCCCCAGAGCUCUCCCAGCUGGAUUUCUGCACCAUGCACUAUGCGCCAUACAGGCCGCUGGGCUCCCUGGCCACAUGCAGCCGCCAGCCCUCUCUAGCCCCAGGCCUGGGGCACGAGCAGUACCGAAAAUCUCCAGCAUAUGGGCAGAUGCCAUCUUCUCACAGGACCUGCCCCCUUCCACCCCAGGCCCGUUGCCUGGGAUUCAGGACUGUGGGAGAAGCAAGGCACCACCAUGCGGCCCCUCCUCGCCGGGGAGCCAGUCAUGGGAGGCAACACAGCAGCAGUGGCUCUGGAGAGAGCUAUCUCACAGAGCCCAGCGGCUACCUGGCUGAUGGGCCUGGCAGUGACUCCAGCUCCGGACCCUGUCGUGCUUCCUCCAGCGAUUCCAUGUUGAAUUGCACAGAUGUCAGCCUGCAAGGCAUCCAUGGCAGCUGUUCCACCUUCCGCAGCUCCCUGAGCAGUGACUACGACCCCUGGGUGUACUGUAGCAACGCCGACAAUGGCCGGGAGCAGCUGCAGCCUCCAGGGGAGCCAAGGCCCAGGUCUUUGGACUUGAAGGAGAUCAGCAGCCCUGCAUUAGACAAGAGUCAGGUACUGAGACAUGUGCAUUAUCACCACCACAGGCACCAUCACUACAGGAAGGACCUGGAGUGUGGGCCUGUGAAAUCAAGCCAGGAGCCCAGCCCGCAUAAGCCCCGCUUUUCUGGGGGUGUGCACAGUGCCCAGACACAAAAGAGGACUGAGAAAACGCAUCACUGCCAGCAGCCAGGGUCCCAGGAUGUACUCCUGUCAGGCUGUGUGCGUCAGGGACCCGACCUCUCAGAGCACCUCUCCUCUUCUGCAGACGGGUCUGACUUCAGCUGGGUGGCCAGUCGGCAAGCUGGAGCUGCUGAUCCAUGGCCCUUCCCGCUGUCACGCAGACAUGGCUUACAAAGCCGGCACCACCGAAGGAAACGGAAGGGCCGCCUGGAGCCUGCCCUGGCUCACCUUCCCGAGCACUCAGACGUGCACAAGGACUGCAAUGUUCACGUUCACUAUGGCCACUCUCCUGGCUAUUGCUGCUUCCCAGAAGGGCAGCCACUGCUGCCAACUGCCCCUUUGCCCUAUUGCUCAGGCUCUCAGGUGGUCUGGAAGUGCCUAGUCCCACCUGCCAAUUUGGAGUCUCAGCAGCAGGACAAGGAUCUACCAGAAUGGGAGGGGAAAGCCAUGUAUCCAGCUGAUUUCUCAGGGACAGGCACCAUGGAAGAGCAUACGAGUCUUCACCUCCACUGCCAAACUCUGCAACAGAAUCAGGGGUCCAAGGAGGAGAUCCAAGAUGUGUAUGAACAUUCAGUUUAAUGAAAGAUGAACUCAUCUGCAUACGCCAGAGAGGACAAGCCAUUCAGGAAAUGAACAAGAACUGGAACUAGUGACUUAUUUCCUGGAUCUCUGAGCAGGCAUUGUAGUAACAGUCCCAGUAUGCCCUGCACUGACAAGCAAAAUGUGCUGGUCACUUCCAUGAGGCCCCCUCCUACCUCCUCUACCAAAUUGUGGUUACACAAAAUCAGCAUGCCUCUCGCCUUUGAAGGCAUGGACAGCACACACUGAUCAGAAGACAUGCUGGGAGCAUGGAUUUACUCAUUCCAACCCUGUGUCCAGUGUCCGUUCUCUGGAGAAGCCUGCUGGGUAGACAUAAUCUGGUAUUUUGGCACAAUUAUAUCCCUGUGGGUAUUUGGAGGCUUUUUGAAAUGUUUUGGAAAUGGGCAGACCUGUAAGACUAAACGUUGCACAGAUGAAAUUAUAUACCCAAAUAGCUCCUGCCUUUUUCAUUUCCUCACUUAGGUCAAAGCCUGGCCAGCCUAUUUGACUAACCCUUCAUACUCUUAUUUCUCAAACUUAAGAUCUUCUAUUUUUACACUGUAGGAGCUCUCUUAGGUCUGGACCCUGCAAGAUGUUUCCAUGGACUGCAAUGGGAAUUGAGGGUCCCUGCCACUCAGCAGUUAACUCCCCUUCAGCUGAGGCCAGGAUUGGGACACUGUAUUUUUUGUCUGCAGCAGGAUCCAGCUGGAGGAGCAGUAAGGACAUUCAGGAUUCUGCCAGCAUUUCAAGGAAGAGCUGGGGCUAAGAAUCUUCUCAGAAUCCAUUACGUUACCUGGAACGGUUCUCAGAUUCCUCAUUCAUCACUUAAUUCCUCACUUACAUAGCAGAGUAGAUAUAAAGGCCAGACCUGUAACGGUGCUGAGUAGCUCACUUGCAGUGCAUGUUUCAAAGCCUCUUUAAGCAUCUUUCUGGAGAGCAUGGGAAUCAUGGAGAAAUGAGAGGCUAACCUCUUAAUCCAUGAGCCAGCAUGCAGAUCCUCCUGCCUUCUUCAUUCUGACCACUGCCAUCAUCAUCCGGGGCAUCUGGCUUUGGCCACUGUCAUCAGACAGGAUACUGGGCUAGAUGGAUCUUUGGUCUGACCCAGUAUGGCUGGUCUUAUGUUCUUAUGUUAUCUCCUGGGAAAUAUCUCCUGAGACACACCCUGGGAAAGCAUUUGGGUAUGUACAUGCUCAGUAGAGUCCUAUCCCAGCUGAUAGUUCAGGCAUCUUAAGAUAUUUUUGGUGAUUGUUGCAGGAACUGAGCCCACUCCACACCUUGAAGACCAUGCCUCUUGUUUGCAGUGUAAUAGGAAUCAUCCCUUUCCCUGAGGAGGAUGCUGUCUGGUGUAAGACCCAAGCUCAGUGGAACAGGUGCUCAGUAGCAAAGGACCCUGGCUGCUCUGUACUGCAGUAUUAGGUUGGUUGCAUUGGGCAGCUCCCGUUUAAAAGUGUUUUCAUUUCCUGGCCUUAUGCUGCUACUUUCCUUUCACAAAACCAACCUCUCAAGGCUUCAGGAUCUCUCUGGGCACAGAGAAUAAAUCUAGGGAGUUGUUUAGCUGGGGGAGGAGGUGCAGUUCUGUCCAGACAGGUUAUCAGAUAGGAAGAAGAGAAAGAGCUAUUCCAAAGCACUGUAAACAAAAGGAGGACUAGAUGCCUUAGUCAGAUAAGAGGGGAGGUAACAUGUAAGAAUCAAUGAAAGGUAACCCUGGCAGGUACUGCACACUUGCACCUCCAGAGGAACAUAUCACAUCAAGGAGCCUGACAGGUACUCAGCAGAACCCAGGAUGAAGCUCCAGGAUGAGGCUUUGAAUGGCUAUAGUAUUCAUCCAAGACAGGAGCUCAGUGUUUAUGGUCCCUUUCCUUGCCCUAGGAGAGUGAUGGCCCCAGCUGGGAGUAGAAGUACAAAUCAGAGCUUCUCAAAUGGGCAUCACUCAUUGCUGAGCCUCACUUUCCUAGAGACACAGGCAGCGGAGUUCUAACCUCUUCCUAGAACAGCCAGAGUCACUGAAAGGAGUCCAAAGUGGGCACAGUUCCCAGAGCUAUGUCUAUAGUAGGAUGUGAAAGGUUAACCAGUUAACCGGUGGGGGGCUGGAGCAGCUCCCCACCUACCACAGGGGGCCUGCUGCGGACAGACGGUGCUCCAGCCCCACAGGAAGCACACCGUGGACAGGAGUUGCUCUGGUGGGGGUUGGGAGCUGGUAGCAGCCCCAGCCCCUUUGUGGGGGCUGAGAGCCAGCAGCCAGCCUCAGCGCAGGGCUGGGAGCCGGGCCCCGCAGGCUGGGGUCAGCUCCAGCCGGGUUGGAGCAGUCCCCUGCCUGGAUCCUGCUUAGUUGGUUAACCAGUUAAACAUUAUGUAAACCUAACAUUUAACCAGUUAACUGAUUAACCAGGAUUUUACAUCCCGAGUCUGUAGCCUCCUUCAUUCAUGCAAAUGGCCCUCUGCUCCUUCCUGUUGUAAAGCUCAGAUCCGUUUGAAAUGUGAACAUGGCUUUUAGUUUUUGUUGAGUCUGUUCUGCAGGCUCUUGGGUGUUUUGGGUAUCUUAGAAACCAAAAAGAAUAGUUUUUUAUAUAUAUGAAAAUCUGUAUAUUUAUGUCCAAGAUGGAAACAAAGAUGUUUGACUAUGGUGAUGUGCUCAAAAAUAUAUUUAUUUACUAAUAUAUUUAUCCACGUAUCAGGCUGCUCUUGUGUUUUUGUUUUGCCUGAAGUCCUCAGACGCUUGUGUUCUAAGAAGGUGCCUCCUUUCAAUUCCACAGAAAUGAAUUAUUUCAAAUGACCAUAUGCUGGUAAUGGAUGUUCUUCCUAAGAAGGAAGCCACUGCCAAGCUCCUAGCUGUAGGUAGGAGCUGGGGUCCAGCAUGAGAGCCAGGGCAAACCACUGGAGUGAGAUCGGGUGAUGACACUAUUAUAUCAGUUUAGGAAGCCUGUUAUUUAACAGGAGCGAUUUAAACAGAUGGAAACCAGGGCACAAAGCUGUACCAAUGUAUCCGUUUAACCGGAUUGGUGCAAUGGCACAUACAGAAAUCACUGGAGUUUUGAGUAUGUCCCUUAGUCGUAUGGGAUAAAAAACAAAUGGCCCUUUGUGUACUGGAGGUGAAUUGCCAGCAAUGCACGUAAAUUAGAUUGCUAAGCACUUUUCAUUAUAGAUACUAUUUCAGUUGCUUAUAAUUUUGACGAACUUGAACUGCUGAUUUUCUCCAUCCAUUAUUUCCAAGAAUGAGGGUAGGGAACCAUACACUGUUAUUGUUCAUGGUAAAAAAAUUAUCACCACUGUUUUGUUGAGAAGAUGGAGGUGUAUCCCUGCCUUGAAGUAUCAGUGAUGAGAGUAUCAGAAAUUAGUGAUGAUCUAUGGCAAAGGAGAAGUGAGGCACUCCCAUGGGAAUCAAAAGCUUUAGAAUUUGGAGGUCAGUGAAUCUUCACUCUUCUUGGCAUGUAACCCAGAAGUCCUGCUCUAUCUGACCACAGAUAAACCACUACUAGUAGUAUAUUGUGUGUGAGUGCUGCCUGGAACAAAGAGGGACAAAGGGUCCAAUCCUGUUCCCAUUGACUCUUCACUGGUUGCAUAAAUGAAGUCUUAAGGAAACAGCAUAGCAAUUUCCUCUGAUGUUCCCUCUUAGGUUACACUUACACUUAGGCUACAUCUAGA